UUUCUUUAUCUCUCCCUGCAUUGGGCCCUGCUCCAUCCAGAUGCCCUCCUUCUAGCACAUUCUUCACCUGCCUGGCUACCGGGAAUUUUCCUCCAGCCCUAACAAACACAGAUGAGUACUCUUCACAUACUUCGUCUAGUGUGAAAACAAGUGGUACUCACAGCUUUAAAGAAUCUCCAGGAUGGAGCCAAGUCCCUCUAAGACCAGCGAAUCAGAGGAAGACUCUGUUGAGGAAGAGGAGGAGUCCGAGGAGGAGUGCGACGAUGGGGAAGCUGCCAUCUCUCCGAACCCUGCUCAGCAGACACUCUCCAAGGCUGACAGUGGGGUCGCCUUAUCCAUUGUGGCCACGAAAAUCCCCAAAAUAGUCUUAACCCCGCCUGCCUUAGAUGACUUAGAGGUCGGGAGAAGAAAGAGAAGGCGGAGAUGCAGAGCCCUGGCCAUCAACCUGACCAACUGCAGAUAUGAGAGUGUGCGGCGCGCAGCCAGAAUGUGUGGCCUGAGGGAGGUGGGGGAAGACGAAGAGUGGAACGUGUACUGGACGGACUGCUCCGUGUCCCUGGAACGGGUCAUGGACAUGAAGAGGUUUCAGAAAAUCAACCACUUCCCUGGCAUGACGGAAAUCUGCCGCAAAGACCUGCUGGCCCGGAACCUGAAGCGCAUGCAGAAAAUCUACCCCCGGGAGUACAACAUCUUCCCCCGCACCUGGUGCCUGCCCGCGGACUACGGGGACUUCCAUGCCUGUGGUCGUCAGCGGAAAACCCGAACGUUUAUCUGCAAGCCGGACAGUGGCUGUCAGGGCCGCGGCAUCUUCAUCACCCGAAACCCCCGGGAGGUCAAGAUCGGAGAGCAUAUGAUCUGCCAGCAGUACAUCUCCAAGCCCUUCCUCAUCGACGGCUUCAAGUUCGACAUGCGCAUCUACGUCCUGCUCACGUCCUGCGACCCGCUGCGGAUCUUCAUGUACGAGGAGGGCCUGGCACGCUUUGCCACCAUGCCCUAUGUGGAACCCAACCACAGCAACCUGGAUGAAGUCUGCAUGCACCUGACCAACUACGCCAUCAACAAACACAAUGAGAAUUUCGUCCAGGACGAUGCUGUGGGCAGCAAGAGGAAGCUGUCGACGCUCAAUGCCUGGCUGCGAGAACACAGCUACGACCCCCGAGAGAUGUGGGGGGACAUCGAGGACAUCAUCAUCAAAACCAUCAUCUCGGCCCACUCGAUCCUGCGCCACAACUACCGCACCUGCUUCCCCCAGCAUCUGAGCGGAGGCACCUGUGCCUGUUUUGAGAUCCUCGGUUUUGACAUCCUCCUGGACCACAAGCUGAAGCCCUGGCUGCUGGAGGUGCGGACUCUCCCCUGGGCUUUCCAAAACCAAAGGCCUCCCCCAACAGGACACUCAGAGACCCAGCUUAAGUCAAGCCUGUUUUCAUUACCACACACAGACGGGGCUGGCCGCUGCCACCGCAGGGGCAGGGCAAAGGCCGUGACGCCUCCUCGCAGACCUCCGGACUCACCCCAGCUUGGUUUUCUUAGGCGAGUCCUCACGGAGCUGUCCCAGGCGGCACUGCUGGACCAGGAGUGCUAUGAGGACGCCCACCUGGGCGGGUACCGGCGGAUCUACCCGGGGCCUGACACCGAGAAGUAUGCGCCCUUCUUUAAACACAGCGGCUCCCUCUUCCAGGAGACGGCGGCUUCCAAGGCCCGGGAGGAGUGCGCCAGGCAGCAACGGGAAGAGUUCCGCCUUAAGCAGAAGCAGCGGGAGGUCUUAGACUCUAAGAAGCCAAAGGAAAACAAGGAGCAGAACCCGGGGGAGUCGGCAGGGGAGAACAGGCGACCCAGGCCCCGGUUCCACGGCCUGGCCACCCACCUGGCGUACCGGAACCGGACACGGGCGCAAAAGCUGCUGGCGGGACACCUGGACACGAUGCAGCCGCAGGAAAUCGUGGAGGAGGAGGAGCUGGAGCGGCUGACCGCCCUGCUGCGGAGGGAGAACCUCAUCCGACGCCUGGGGAUCGUCGAGCAGAUCACCAGCAUCGUGCAAUCCGGCCAGCAGAACCAGAGAAAAUCGCCCGAGGGUCGGCCUAGAUCUCACCAGGACGGGCUGAGCAGCCCGGAACUGCCGUCUCUGAGUCUGUUCCCACUGGCCCUCCUGAGAGGGACCUACAAAGAGCAGGGCCCUCCUCACUUCCUGCACGUAGUCCAACCCGAGCUGAUCCCCAGGAUCCUAGGGCCACUGCCAAGCAACCCUGCACUCCUGCACCCGUCCGGGUGCUACCUGCAGCCCAGGACCUUCCACUGGACAAGAGACCCAGCCACCUUUGGCCCCUGCUCUUUGUCACUGAGGAAAUCCGGGAGGCGCUGCUUUCCCGCUUCCAGAUUCAGGCUGAACGGCCAAGGCCAGGCCAGCAGAAGGCUAGAAGCCAUAAACAGAGCCAUGGCAGGAUCAGUGCCAUCCUCUUUAACCCCCAAGCAGGGCUAUUUCCUGCAACGGGAAAGCGUGAUAAGUAGCCCGUGGACUGAGCGCACCUUGCCCUGCGUGGUAAAUUCUGAACACAGAGCAGCCCAGGCCCAGGACCUCCCCCUCUGUCCUACCUCCGCUCCCCUGACGCAGAGCACUGCGACGGAGCUCGAGUUGGGAAAGCCUUGGCCAGAAGCCCCGUCUGCCUCAGGCUCAAACCUAAGACACCGGGAACUCUUCGAUACCCCAAGAUUAUUUUCGGAUCAGAAAGAGACUAAAAAGUGA